CAGAGUGUCCCGUCACAGUAUUGCCCACUGUGCGUACGACGGGGGACAAGGCCGCAGAAAGCGAGAGGCAGCGCGCUGCCGCAGGGAAGGCCAAGGCCGGAGCGGGCAGCGGCGGAUGGCGGGCUGGCGGGCGAGCGCGGCUCGGCAGUCGUCGCUGGCGGACACCGCAGGCCGGAGACGCCCGUACCGUACACGCGAGAGCGAGCUGAGGAUGCUGACGUGGUGGUCGCAGUGGGCGCUGCGGCUGCUGAUGCUGGCGGCGCGCCCCGUGGCGCUGGCCCUGGUGCGCGCCCGCCUGCUGUUCGUGCCGCGGCGCGCCGUGCCGCCCGUCUCCGACCCAGCGCUGCUCGUGCCGGCGCACCAGCUCGCCGCCGCCAUCCGGAGCGGACAGCUAUCUAGCGAGCGCGUCGUGCGGGCGUACAGUGAGCGGGUGCGGCUGGUGCAGCCGGUGGUGAACGCCGUGGUGGAGGACCGGCUGGCCGCCGCCCUAGAGGAGGCGCGCCGCGUCGACCACCUGCUGGCCGUGGGGGCGGCGCCGCCCCCGGAACAGCAGCCUCUGCUCGGCGUGCCGCUCACCGUCAAGGGCAGCUUCGCCGUCCAGGGGCUGAGCCACGCGUGCGGACGGCUGUCGCACGCGGCGGUGAAGGCGGACCGCGACGCGGAGGCGGUGAGCCGCCUCAGGGAGGCCGGCGCCAUCCCGCUGCUGGUGAGCACCACGCCCGAGCUGGGCCUCUGCUACGAGACCUAUGAGAAGAUCCACGGCGUUACCCGCAACCCCUACGACACCAGGCGCACCCCCGGCGGCUCAUCUGGCGGCGAGGCGGCGCUGCUGGGGUCCGCGGCGUCGGUGGUGGGUCUGGCGUCGGACGUGGGCGGCUCGGCGCGCCUGCCGGCCCUCUUCUGCGGCGUCUUCGGCCACAAGCCGUCGCCAGGCGUGGUGCCGCACGAGGGCCACAUCCCGUCGGGCUCGGACAAGCGCUGGCCGCGCUUCUUCUCGGCGUCGCCCAUGUGCCGCUACGCGGGGGACCUGCCCCUCAUGCUGCACGUCCUCGCCGGGCCCCUCGCCCCGGACCUGCGCCUCCUGCAGCCGGUGUCGGUGCAGUCGGUGCGCGUGCUGUACAUGGAGGACGACGGCGGCGGAGUGCUGACGGACUCGGUGAGCCGCGCGCAGAAGGACGCUCUGCGCAGGGCAGUCGCCUGGCUGGACUCCGUGAGGGACCGCCCGGCCCAGCAGGUUCACAUCAAGGGCCUGCGGCACUCGGUGCGGUUGUCGGCGCCCCUCAUGAUGAGCAUGCAGCUGCACCAGCAUCCGCUCAUGAAGGCGGACGACCCCAACGACUGCGAGAACCUGGCGCUGGCGCUACUGAAGAUGAUGGUGUGCCGCCUGCCACAUAACAUGUACGUCUUCCACUACUCCUUCCUGAAGAAGUGGGCCAACAACCUGCCCGAAUCAACGUUGCGAGGUCUCGCCGAUGAAGUGGACGAGCUACGCCGAGAGAUUUGUGAACUGCUGGGCGAGGACGGCGUGCUGCUGUACCCGACGGCCCCGCAGCCGGCCAACGUGCUGUUCGAGCAGUUCGUGCGCUUUCCCAACAACGCCUACCUGGCCAUCUUCAACACGCUGGGGCUGCCGGCCACGCACUGCCCGGCAGGCCUGCACCCCAGCUCCGGAAUGCCCCUCGGCCUGCAGGUGGUGGCGGCGCCGAACCAGGACCGUCUGUGCUUCGCGGUGGCUCGCGAGUUGGAGGCGGGGCUUGGGGGUUGGCAGCCGCCAGCGCCCCACACUGGCGCUGCCGCCGCCCCCACCACCGCCGCCGCCGGCGACGCCGCCUCCGCAACCGCCCCUGCCGCCGCCACCGUCAUCCCAAUCGGCUCUUAGCGCCGCCAUCCGCUCUUGAACUGCCGCGACUGAACCACCAAGGAGCAACGCUGGCCAUAGCCACUCACCUCUGGCUGUGCUAACCUUCCAGCUGCCGUCGCGCCAUCACAAUGCGUCAAAAGAGUCGGAGCUAGCUUGUCUUCCUGUUCUUACAAGGAAUAGUUUGAAAAUCGUCAGCGGUUUUCUCCGUUUUUUAUCGCGACUGGUUGAGUUUUCAAAGGACUGCAGACUUAAUAAGCUCUCUUUCAGAGAUUGCUUAGCGUAACGAAAUACCUACUCAGCAUCAAACACAAUGAAAUUUAGCGUCGCAUUCGGGUGGCUUAUUUGAUUAUGUGACUGACAAUAAUCUUUUGUGAAGUUUCGAGAAACUACUUCUCAUGAAUUCACCACUAUCCUGUUGGGAGCAAUACGUGUGUUCUUUCUGCAUCCUUCGCUCUUCCGUCUUCUGUAUUGGCUAUACAGAUACGAAUGUUACUCGUGUUUUACUGAGGAAAAUAAUCAUACACGAUUACUUAACGAUGCCCGCCCUUGCCUUCGAGGCCGCUAAAGCGUAGCACUGUGACAGCGCUCGACUUAGAGACAGCCGGUUUGAAUUUUAAUUCAUCAGUAUGUGGCCAGGGGACGUGGUGAAGGAGUCGUUAUAAACAUCAGAUUUAACAUCAAUGCCUUCAGUUCAAAUUCAACAUCUGCUCGGACUGCCACAUACGACGGAUAAUAGAUUUUGAGAUUAAUUCGUCUGUCGAAUGGAAACUAAAGUCAGUAACCCUCUGACAUUUUUGGAAGUAAUAAUUAUGCUCGUCAGCAACUACAAAAAUUUGACCCUGCACCUUAUUUACACUACUCACGGCCACCUAUACGGAAUAGUUACGCAGUUCGCAAGGUUGAGAAAGCAAAUAAAGGAAACCUUUCAGGUUUAGGUGGCUCCGGUUCUUGGGUACUCCACAGCCAAUAAUUCUACACAUUUAGUUUUAUCUUCUGACGAUUUUAAUUUAACAGAUUAUGACGAUGUGAAAAUUUCUUACGUCCAAAGAACUCAAACAUCGACAAACCUGUCUUAAUAAGGACAUAUGUUACUGAAACCGCUUUCAGAGGGCAGUUGCAUCUAUUACAGUGAUAAUAUUGUUUAUUGCACUGAUGUUAUUAUUACGUUACUGUGUAAUUUGCACUAUUCGAACGUACAUGUAACUCGUACGAUAGUCUAUUCGCCAAACACGAAGGUCAACAAAGAGAGGGAGGGACAGAUGAAUGAAGGGAGUAAUCACAAUGUCAAGAAGGUGAAGUCAUUUUUCUGCCUUCAAAUAUUCAAGAUAACUGCACUUUAUACACAAUUGUAACUGUUCCGAUUGCCAAUUAUAUUCUUGCUGUAUAAAUGAAGUUCUCAAAGUUUCGAAAUCGCUUUUCGGGACAACUUUAACUUGGUCAACCUGUACCACAACAUCCUUCAGAGAACAAGACCGAUUAGACACCUGAAAUCUCCGUGAGAAGCGGAUAUAAUUUUUACAAUUUUAAAACUAAAUGAAGUAUUUACCAUGAAACGAAAUAAAGUUCAACUCCCAAGUAUUAAAGAUUACGCUCCAGUAUUUUGUGAUCGCAGCUACAGUUCUGAAACUAACAGAAUGCCCAGGAGCUAGUGACGCCAGUUUUUGUUUUCGUGACUUCACUGGUGCAACAAAGUUUUUUGUCUUUACCAAAAGUUUCAUAGCAUCUAUCUGCUCCGUUAGACGUAAAUCCUUUUAUUUUUUUGACGCUUUUGUAUUCCUAACUGUAGAUAACUGUUCUUUUGAAGAUAGUUUACAUAUUACUGGACACUAUACUUUUCGUACGUUUUGUAUGCACUCUACACUACAGCACAUGACUGAUUAAGGUAAAGAAACUGGUGACCAUCUAACAUAAAAGUCACUAAUUGGCCUUUUAGACAGAAGAUCUCUCACACGACGUGAAAACAGUAACAAGCAGAGGAGUUGUGUGCUGCAUGGAAACGUAUGCGGUGCACUAGACAUUGAAAAGAAGUGUACUCUUAAAAUUGUGCGCUCUCGAUUUUCACUACUGGUGCUGCAGUUGUGAUAAUAUUGUUAAUGAACAGAAAACUAGCAUAGAAUACUUAAGUGUAAAAUGUUAACUGUAAGCAAACAAUGGGUCUAUGUCUAUCUGUAAUUAUGUACUAGAUUAUAAGAACUUCAAAGAUCUGUAAAAACAACUGAUGUAAAUGUAAAAUGUAGUAAAUAUCGAGAUAUACUUUUA